CCCACCAUUUCUGCUGCAAACCUCCAAAAAGAUGAAAAUAUAAAGGUUAGCUUCCUUAUUGUGGAGAUUUUUAAGAAGGAUCAGAUAACUAUUUCCUCUGGAUCUUCAAAAAGUAGGCACAUUUACAAGAAACGAGAGAUAUAGAGAGAUUUUGGUGGGGAAGGAGAGAACGAGGAAAAAGCAAUGGCGGCUAGGUAUUGGUGUCAUAUGUGUUCACAAAUGGUGAAUCCAAUUAUUGACGCCGAGAUCAAAUGCCCAUCUUGCCAAAGCGGGUUCGUCGAGGAGAUGAGCGGUGACAUUAAUGGCGGCAGCAGCAGCAGCUUAAGGGAGGUUCAAGACCAAGAGAUCGAUUUAAACCAUGCAUUGUCUCUACUGGGUCCAAACUUGCUUGGAAUGAUGAACAAUCCUCGGAGACGUAGAAGGUUUAGGAGGACAGAGUUUGGUGUGAGUAAUGAUGAGGUCAAUGGUGUUGCUAAUCUUGAUGGGAAUGACAGCAAUGUCGAUAAUCAUCAUCAUCAUCGUCGUCGUCAUCGCCACAGGCAACACGAUGGAGAGAUUGAUUCAGAUAGAGAGUUUGAGUCUAUCCUGAGGAGGAGACGGAGAAGUUCAGCUGCAAUAUUGCAGUUGCUUCAUGGCAUUCGUGCAGGGAUCAAUUCCGAGUAUGAGAGCUCGGAACGGAGCACGUUUAAUGAAUCAGGUGUUGUUCAGGGAUCGACGGGUUUGAAUCAUAACCGGAACAAUACUUCACUUUCUUCAAUAGGAGAUUACUUUGUUGGACCAGGGUUAGACCAAUUGCUUGAACAUCUAGCUGAUAACGAUCCAAUCAGGUACGGGACACUUCCAGCAAGAAAAGAAGCUGUGGAGAAUCUCCUAACGGUUAAGGUAUGUGAGCCAUUGCAAUGUUCGGUUUGUUUGGAUGAUUUUGACAAGGGAAGUGAAGCUAAAGAGAUGCCUUGUAAGCACAAGUUUCACGUCCGGUGUAUAUUACCGUGGCUUGAGCUUCACAGUUCGUGUCCCGUGUGCCGAUAUGAGCUCCCUCCUGAUGAUGAGAUAAAGGUUGAUUUGGUCAGACCGAGAACAAGAACUCUAGAGAUCAACUUAAGUGAUGAGAAUGUGGAAGAUGGUGCAAGGAAUGGUAAUGGGAGUGAGAGCAGAUUCUCUUUUCCCUGGCCGUUCAGCGGAUUAUUCUCUUCUUCCUCUUCGUCAUCUGCGUCGGCUUCAGGGUCUUCUCAGCCCAAUCAAAACUCAUAUUCAGGAUAAAAGAGAGAAUCGUAAACAAAUCCAUCUAUGCGUUUCUCUUGGAUCACUAUUCCUCAGCUUCAACCAAGUAUAUAAAUCUUGUUCACUCAGAUUGUUGAAAAUAAAUAAACGGUUUGGA